GGUAGGGGGAGUUUGGCAGGGAGAUAGUGAGGUAUAGAUAUAUAAGGCCAUCUUCUUCUCUCUCACCUUCCAUAGGCAGAGAGGUAUAGACAUAUAAGGCCACCAUCUUGAAGCCAAGGGAGGGGGUCAGGAGGAAGAGAGCUGGGAAUGGCUGCAGGAAGAGCAACCCUAGCACUGGGGGUAGCUUCUCUUCUACUUGUGGCCUAUGCUAGCGCGCAUGAUUUUGUAAGGUUUGGGUACAGGGGAGCAAUUGGGCCUGACAAGUGGGGUAGCUUAUGCCCUGAGUAUGAACUGUGCUCAAAAGGAAAGCAUCAGUCUCCAAUCAAUAUUGUGAAAGAUGAUGUGGUCUAUGAUCCGACGCUCGAACCUCUUCAGAGGGAUUAUGCUGCCACAAAUGCUACCCUCGUCGACAAUGGCUUCAACAUUGCGCUUCGGUAUGACAGUGGUGUAGGGCAUGUGAUUGUGGGUGGAAAGAACUACACCUUGAUACAAAUGCAUUGGCAUUCACCUUCUGAGCACACAAUUGAUGGAGAGCGAUUCCCUGUGGAGCUCCAUCUUGUUCACAGUAGUGAUGACGGCAACAUCACAGUUGUAGCAAUCCUGUAUCGAUUCGGCCAUCCUGAUCCUUUCCUCUCCCAGAUAAAGAACAAGGUUGCUGAACUGGCCAAGGAAGUCUGCGCUGGUGAUGAAGAGGCACAUGUUCCAGUCGGAAUUGUGCAAACGAGGGCCAUGAAACGCCACUCUCGCAAGUACUUUAGAUAUGUUGGAUCGCUUUCCACACCUCCAUGCACUGAGAAUGUCAUUUGGAACAUCCUCGGCAAGGUGAGGGAGAUGACCGCGGAACAAUUAGCUGAACUCAAGGCGCCUUUGCACGAGGAGUACUACAACAACUCAAGGCCAACACAGCCAUUGAAUGGGAGGACGGUGCUGCUCUACGACGAGUCUAAGGCCAGUUAACCUCAGUAUAACCAAAGAUAACAUGCAUCAUCACCUGGAUUGUCAUUGUAUCACCGAAGAGGAAGAAAUGAAUGAUGUACGAAGCUACAUUUCAGCAAGUACAGAUUGAAAUCUCUUUGGAGUUUGAAAUGCUGCCUGCACCCAGUUGUAACGAGUGCUACUUUUUCAAAUGAAUCAGAGUAAUUUCCUUUUUAUCA